CUACUGGCUACUGACAGCGUCAGUCGGCAAUCGACUUCCGAUCCAAGCACGCACACACGCAAACUCUCAUACUCGUGCGAAUAGAAGAAGGGGUCUGUCUGGUGUCGAUGUGGGCGACGGCGAGCAAUGGCCUUCGUUUCUAUCGCUACUCAGCUUUCUUCUCCCCAACUCCAUCUCUGCUAGCAGCAGCAAUAGCUCCAGCCCUAAAUCAUCAUAAGAUGGAGAAUAACCCUUCUAUAUCUGCCCCCUCUUCUUCUCUCUCCAGAAGAAGCGGGAGAGGGAGGGGUUCGAACUCUGGCAGUACUCGGACGAGAGAAGACGAGCCUCGAGGGAGAAAAGACAGCAAAAUGGACAAAAUAGACGCUCUUGGGAGACUCCUAACACGGAUUCUACGCCACAUGGCUUCCCAACUGAACUUGGAAAUGCGGAGUGACGGGUACGUUAGUGUGCGUGAUCUGCUGCAGUUGAAUAUGACCACCUUCGCCAACGUGCGAUUGAAAUCGCACAUCCUUGAUGAUAUUAAAGAGGCUAUCAGGAGGGACAAUAAGCAACGAUUCAGUCUCUUGGAAGAAAAUGGAGAGCUCUUGAUACGUGCAAACCAGGGGCAUACGAUAGAGCUUAUUGAAUCUGAAAGGUUAUUAAAGCCCAUCUUAUCUGCAGAUGAAGUUACAGUAUGUGUGCAUGGAACCUAUAAGAAGAAUCUGGAAUCAAUCUUGCAAUCCGGUCUCAAACGUAUGAAAAGGUUACACGUUCACUUCUCGAGUGGGUUGCCAUCAGAUGGAGAAGUAAUUAGCGGCAUGCGGCGGGAUGUUAAUGUAUUGAUCUUCUUAGAUGUCAGAAAGGCAUUAGAAGAGGGAAUGAAGCUUUACAUUUCGGACAACAAAGUGAUCUUGACGGAAGGUUUCGAUGGCAUCGUUCCCAUCAAAUACUUUGAAAAGAUAGAAACAUGGCCCGGCAGGCAACCCAUUCCCUAUUAAAUAGCUGUGGUCGACAGGGAUGAGGAUGAUUUUAGAGCACUCAUUGGAAUUCUCUCUCUCUCUCUCUCUCUCUUCUGUUUUUUUUUUUUUUUGGCAAAAAUGUAUGUAUAAGCACAGCGAGUAUAAUAAUUUCAGCUAAUGUUAUCCAGUAUUGAAGAAAUCAAUCUAAAGACCGAAAGGCUGGAGAGAAGGUUCUGUAAUUUUUCACUUUUAAGUGAUGCAUGCCUCAGACUCAUUUUUU